AUGCAAUUCGGACGCGUUCUUCUGACAGCGGUGCUGUGCCACCUCGCUCCUGCGCUCGCCGCGCCCCCCAUCAUCGUAGGGUACUAUCCUACUUGGAAGCACGAGGUUCUUUCCAAGCUCGACUUGUCCAACUAUACCCACGUCAACGUCGCCUUUGCGAUACCCGAUGAAGACGCAAAUCUGGAAUUUGAAGGCGACAAAUUGAUGCCCGAGAUUGUUCCCAAGCUCCAGGGUCAUAAUACCAAGGUCCUUGUUUCUGUCGGCGGAUGGACCGGCUCGGCUUUCUUGUCCAAUAUCACAAAGAAGCCGGAGCUUAGCGCGGCCUUGACGAUGAACAUUAUCGAGCUGAUGAAGAAGCAUAACCUGGAUGGCAUUGACAUUGACUGGGAGUACCCGGGUCAAGCGGGAAGUCCUUGCAACUUCUUCGACAAGGAAAACGACACGAGGAAUUUUCUGGCGUACUUGAAGAGCCUGCGGACCAAGGUUGGAAGAGACAAGCUAAUUACGCUAGCUGUGCGAACGACGCCGUUUGCCGGACCCGGCGGAGAGGACGUGUCCGAGUUUGCCAAGGUGGUCAACUUUGCGAAUUUGAUGCAAUAUGACAUGAAUGGCGCAUGGGGACAAACAACAGGGCCCAAUGCCCCCUUGAACUUUGAACGGGGCAAGGCAACACAGCAGUCGUUUGCGACUGCGAUUGAGGCGUGGACCAAGGCGGGUUGGCCGGCUGGUCAGCUCACAAGCGGCCUCGCGUUUUACGGCCGCUCCUUGACCGCGACGGUGGACAUGUUGGCGGCCAACCCGAUGAGCCAGUACCAGGGCUUUUCAAAGCAAGUCCCAAGGGGGGACAGACUAGAUGCGCCCACGGCCGAAGUGUGCCCUCCGAACUCAGCAACGACGGUAAACGGGACAAGGGCCUUCUCUGGAACUUGGACGUACGCCAAUCUCCGAGAACAAGGCGUGCUGAGCACGCCCACCACGGCGAGCGCCCCCUGGGUGAGGACCUUUGACAAUAUAACAAUGACUCCUUGGCUAUUUAAUCCCGAGGACAAGACGUUCAUCACGUAUGAUGAUCCUGCAAGUCUCAGGGCCAAGGUCAAGUUUGCAAAGUCCAAGGGUCUGGCCGGAGCGAUGGCGUGGGAGAUGACAGGUGAUUUUAAUGGCGAGCUGGUGAGUGCGGUAAGGGCGGCUGCUUGA